AGUUUCAGAUUGUAUCUCUGAGUACGCACAUGGCUCUAGUGAAACUUUUUUCAUUGAUCCUGCAGUUGUCCAGACAGACUUCUGGCUGUUUGAAAGGGCAGUUUCGUCUGGAAUUUGUACCUGUGCAGAGCUCUGAAAAGAGGGGGUAAUCUAUGCCAGCAAUUAUGACAAUGUUAGCAGACCAUGCAGCUCGUCAGCUGCUGGAUUUUAACCAGAAACUGGAUAUCAAUCUCUUGGACAAUGUGGUGAACUGCUUGUACCAUGGAGAAGGUGCACAGCAAAGAAUGGCACAGGAAGUGUUGACUCACUUAAAAGAACAUCCCGAUGCGUGGACAAGAGUUGAUACAAUUUUGGAGUUCUCUCAGAACAUGAACACCAAAUAUUAUGGGCUGCAAAUCUUGGAAAAUGUGAUAAAAACAAGAUGGAAGAUUCUUCCAAGGAACCAGUGCGAAGGUAUUAAAAAAUACGUUGUCGGCCUAAUUAUCAAGACCUCAUCAGACCCAACGUGUGUAGAAAAAGAGAAAGUGUACAUUGGGAAACUGAAUAUGAUUCUCGUUCAGAUCUUGAAACAGGAGUGGCCCAAGCACUGGCCCACCUUCAUAAGUGACAUCGUGGGGGCCAGCAGGACCAGUGAGAGCCUCUGUCAGAACAACAUGGUCAUCCUCAAACUCCUGAGCGAGGAGGUGUUCGAUUUUUCCAGCGGCCAGAUCACUCAAGUGAAAGCCAAGCAUUUGAAAGACAGCAUGUGCAAUGAAUUCUCGCAGAUAUUUCAGCUGUGUCAGUUUGUGAUGGAAAACUCCCAAAAUGCUCCCUUAGUCCACGCAACUUUGGAAACUUUGCUACGAUUUCUGAACUGGAUUCCUCUGGGAUAUAUAUUUGAGACCAAGUUAAUCAGCACACUAAUAUACAAGUUCUUAAAUGUUCCCAUGUUCCGAAACGUGUCUCUGAAGUGCCUCACAGAGAUUGCAGGGGUCAGUGUCAGCCAGUACGAGGAGCAGUUUGUGACACUUUUUACCCUGACCAUGAUGCAGUUAAAACAGAUGCUUCCUUUAAAUACCAAUAUCCGACUUGCAUACUCGAAUGGCAAAGAUGAUGAACAGAACUUCAUCCAGAACCUCAGUUUGUUCCUCUGCACGUUCCUCAAGGAGCACGGGCUGCUGAUAGAAAAAAGAUUAAAUCUGAGGGAAACACUAAUGGAGGCUCUUCAUUACAUGUUGUUGGUAUCAGAAGUUGAAGAAACGGAAAUUUUCAAGAUCUGUCUCGAAUAUUGGAACCAUUUGGCUGCUGAGCUCUACAGGGAAAGUCCCUUCUCAACAUCUGCUUCUCCACUGCUUUCGGGGAGCCAACACUUCGAUGUUCCUCCCAGGAGGCAGCUUUACCUGCCUGUUCUGUCCAAGGUGCGGUUGCUCAUGGUGAGCCGCAUGGCCAAGCCUGAGGAGGUCCUGGUUGUGGAGAACGAUCAAGGGGAGGUGGUUCGGGAAUUCAUGAAGGACACAGACUCCAUAAACUUGUAUAAAAACAUGAGAGAGACACUGGUUUACCUGACACACCUGGACUAUGCAGACACAGAGCGAAUUAUGACUGAGAAACUCCACAAUCAGGUGAAUGGGACGGAGUGGUCGUGGAAGAACCUGAACACCCUGUGCUGGGCCAUCGGCUCCAUCAGCGGCGCGAUGCACGAGGAGGACGAGAAGAGAUUCCUCGUGACAGUAAUUAAGGAUCUCCUGGGACUGUGUGAACAAAAGCGAGGCAAGGACAAUAAAGCCAUUAUUGCAUCAAAUAUAAUGUAUAUAGUAGGUCAAUACCCUCGGUUUUUGAGAGCUCACUGGAAAUUCUUGAAGACAGUAGUCAACAAGCUGUUUGAAUUUAUGCAUGAAACCCACGAUGGUGUCCAGGACAUGGCUUGUGACACCUUCAUCAAAAUCGCCCAGAAGUGCCGCCGGCAUUUUGUGCAGGUGCAGGUGGGAGAGGUGAUGCCGUUUAUCGACGAAAUCUUGAACAACAUCAACACAAUCAUCUGUGACCUUCAGCCACAGCAGGUGCACACGUUUUACGAAGCGGUCGGGUACAUGAUCGGGGCACAGACGGACCAGACGCUGCAGGAGCACCUGAUAGAAAAGUACAUGUUGCUGCCCAACCAGGUGUGGGACAGCAUCAUCCAGCAGGCAACAAAGAAUGUCGAUAUCCUGAAGGAUCCUGAAACAGUCAAGCAGCUUGGUAGCAUCCUGAAAACCAACGUAAGAGCGUGCAAAGCAGUCGGCCACCCCUUUGUGAUUCAGCUUGGAAGAAUUUAUUUAGAUAUGCUGAAUGUGUACAAGUGCCUAAGUGAAAAUAUUUCUGCAGCUAUUCAGGCUAAUGGUGAAAUGGUAACAAAGCAGCCCUUGAUUAGAAGUAUGAGGACUGUAAAAAGGGAAACUCUCAAACUGAUUUCUGGCUGGGUGAGCAGGUCCAGUGAUCCACAGAUGGUAGCUGAAAACUUUGUUCCUCCGUUGUUGGACGCAGUUCUCAUCGACUACCAGCGCAACGUGCCCGCGGCGCGGGAGCCCGAGGUGCUCAGCACCAUGGCCAUCAUCGUCAACAAGCUGGGGGGGCACAUCACCGCUGAAAUACCUCAGAUCUUCGAUGCUGUCUUUGAGUGCACACUAAACAUGAUCAACAAGGACUUUGAAGAAUAUCCUGAACAUAGAACAAACUUCUUCUUGCUACUGCAGGCUGUAAAUUCUCACUGCUUCCCAGCCUUCCUGGCCAUUCCACCUGCACAGUUCAAACUUGUUCUGGAUUCUAUCAUUUGGGCUUUCAAACAUACCAUGAGAAACGUUGCAGAUACAGGACUUCAGAUCCUUUACACUCUCCUCCAGAACGUUGCCCAGGAGGAGACGGCCGCCCAGAGCUUCUACCAGACGUAUUUCUGCGACAUCCUCCAGCACAUCUUCUCCGUGGUGACAGACACCUCGCACACUGCAGGUCUGACGAUGCACGCGUCGAUCCUGGCCUACAUGUUCAACCUGGUGGAAGAGGGGAAGAUCAGUACUCCCUUGAACCCCGGGAAUCCGGUGAACAACCAGAUGUUUAUCCAGGAGUACGUGGCCAAUCUCCUCAAGUCUGCAUUUCCUCACCUGCAAGAUGCCCAGGUGAAGCUGUUCGUGACGGGACUGUUCAGUUUAAACCAGGAUAUUCCUGCCUUCAAGGAACACCUAAGGGAUUUCCUGGUCCAAAUCAAGGAAUUUGCAGGUGAAGACACAUCAGACUUAUUCUUGGAGGAGAGAGAAACAGCCCUUCGACAGGCUCAAGAGGAGAAGCAUAAACUUCAGAUGUCUGUCCCCGGCAUCCUUAAUCCACAUGAAAUUCCUGAGGAGAUGUGCGAUUAAAAACAAAAAUAAAACAAGUUUGGCAGUUUUCUUUCUGUACAGCUACUUUGUUGUGAUAGAAGAAAACGGCACUUGGAUAUUUGUUGACCAAAAUGAUGCCAAUUUGUAAAUUAAAAUGUCACCUAGUGGCCCUUUUUCUUAUGUGUUUUUUGUAUAAGAAAUUUUCUGUGAAAUAUCCUUCCAUUGUUUAAGCUUUUGUUUGGUCAUCUUUAUUUAGAGUUGCAUGAAGUUGAAAAUUAAGGCAUUUUCAAAGUAAUUACUUCAUGCCCAUUUUGUGGCUAAGGGGAAAAAAUAGGCAAAAAAAACCCCCGUUAACUUGUAAAAGACUAUAUUGCAAAAUAAUCCAAUUUCCUGUAAGAGUAUCGAUUUUUUUUUUUUAAUUUUUUUUUUUUUUUUUAAAAAUUCGGUUUUCUUUCUAGUCUGUCCUGCAGUCUAGGAGAAAAGGUGAAGAGUAAAAGCAGAUGGAAUUCAUUGUUCAGCAGAGGAUUCUAGCGCUGCCUUUGUUCCGAGCAGUUGGCAGCUUUUUUGGGAGCGAGUGGUGAGGCUGUAGGCUACGUGUUAUUUGCAAGUUGUAUGGCGAGUUUGCAGCGAGAUCAUGUGCAUAUCAUCCCAUUGUAAAGCGACUUCGGAAGAGUAUGGGAACACAGUACAGUUUAGUUAUUUUUACACAGUUCUUUUUGGUUGUUUUUUUUUUUUUUUUGUGUGUGUGUGCUGUCGCUUCGUCGACAACAGCUUUUUGUUUUCCUCAAUGAGGAGUGUUGCUCAUUUGUGAGCCUUCAUUAACUCGAAGUGAAAUGGUUAAAAUAUUUAUCCUGUUAGAAUAGGCUGCAUCUUUUUAACAACUC